AUACGGCUGACCGGUUAUAGCCAGUCAUAAUAAUAAUAACAACAACAUUGACUUUCUUAAAUUGAAAAAAUAGCCACAAAAUAUCACCACCACGAUUAUUUUCCCUUCCUUUUUUUGCUCCGAUCUGUGUUAACCACACGCUUUCCAUUGCUUGUGGCCCUUUUUGCAACUCCUCCGGCAACCUUAAACCUGUCGGAAUUCGAAUUUUCUACACUUUUCCGGAUCAAAAGAAAUGGAGUUCUUCUUCAGAACACAGAAUGAGGACACAUCUGGUUGUUCCUUCAAUGGCCAGGACAUUCUAAGAUGCCCGUUCUUGAGCAACAUCAAUAAGCCAACAAGCUUGUCUUUCUUUUCUGCUCUGAACUUUCCCAACCCUGUAAAGGGAGGUAAAGGUCCAAUUUUUGAAGAUGGCCCCAAUUUCGAUAUGGCAUUUAAAGUCUUCCAUGGAAAAGAUGGGGUUGUGCCACUUUCUGGGAGAUCUCAACGUUCCAAUGACAACAUGGAAGUAGAGUCUUCUCCUCAAUUUCAUCCUUUAGCUGCAAAGGCUGCCACCAUAAGUUUGUCAUCAUUCGGACCAGGAGGUCCUUUUAGUUUUGAUUCUUUCUCUCGGAAAUGGAAUUCACAGAAGAAGAAGCCAGAGUCAUCCAAAAAGAAAAAACCUUCAUCUCAGGACAAAUCCUCUAAACACGAGGCAACGGGAAAUGAGUGGUUGGAGUCAGGGAACUGUCCCAUCGCCAAAUCUUAUAGAGCUGUUAGCGGUGUUCUCCCACUUGUGGCAUCAGCUUUUCAGCUGCCUCCUGGAAUGAAGCUCAAAUGCCCACCUGCAAUUGUUGCUGCCAGGGCUGCCCUUGCCAGGACUGCGUUUGUGAAGACCGUGCGACCACAACCACUAUCUUCAAAGAUGCUUGUUAUUGGAGCUUUAGGCAUGGCAGCUAAUAUUCCAUUAGGCAUAUGGAGAGAGCACACUGAGAAGUUCUCACUAUCUUGGUUUACUGCAGUCCAUGCUGCUGUUCCCUUCAUAGCUAUGCUGAGGAAGUCGGUCGUGAUGCCCAAAACAGCUAUGGCAUUAACCAUUGCUGCUUCUAUCUUGGGACAGGUCAUCGGUUCAAGAGCAGAGCGACUUCGAAUGAAAGCAAAAGCCGAGAGUAGUCUUAAAUUGGUAGCACAGACUGGCUCAGAUGGCGUAAUUGCAGGUCUCAACUCAAUCCAGGUCAAUGGUUCGCCCGGGGUUCAUUGUGGCACACAGGGGAUGCUUAAAGACCAACCCUCGAACGAACCUGCCAAUACUAUCUCUCCAUCUGCCAGUCUCUGUUUCUAAACUUUUCUAGAACUGGUAAUUAAGCAGUAGAGAUCUAUAAUGCUGCAAAUAAGUGGUGUGUGACCUUGCCACAGAGUCCAAGAGAUUUAACAGUAAUAUGCAUUAUUACAUGUUUAGUGUUUGUAUUAAGCUCUAUGUAAAGGAUAUAUAUUUCGAUGACCUAUUUGGUCUGAGUGUUGCAGAAUCCUCAAAUAUAAUGUACUAUUGGAUGGAACCUCUAUUAGAUGAACCCAUCAUAUUCCCACC